UGUUGCACCAGGGGGUGUUGAAGACCACUAUAGUCAGCGCUGAGGCCACUUAGGCAGAGUUAAAGACCAAUAUAGUCUGCUCUGAAGGUCACUGUAGUCUGCGUUGAAGACCACUACAGUCAGCAUUGGAGACAGCUAGAAUCAAUUUUAAAAAAUGUCGGAAAUUCUUGUAAAAAAGUGUCGACAAUUGCUGCAACGAACAUGGAAGUGUUAAAGUUAGUGUUGCACCAUCGUGGGGUUAGCGGGCCAUGCAUCCUUGCUGCCAGGGAACCCUGACUAAGUUGCGACUGAGGCAUCGGGACGCUCCAGAUGACAGAGAAUCAAAACAAUCCAUCGGAGAGUUAUCAGAGGACCUUGACGAGUAAAUUGACUCUUUCAUCGAAUGAUGCAAGUCCCAAGGCUGGUGCUGACGGAAGCUAGACAGGUGUAGCCUGCUGGACAUGGCGUGAAAGCAGAAGGAAAAGGCUAGAGACUGGCUGGUGAGGAGGAGGAGAGUUUCACGUAAGAUUCAGAUACUGGACUUUGGUGAGCAUUACAUAAGCCUCAGAAGAAAAUGUCCAACCUGAUGGGUAACAGUGGAGUUGGGUAUCAUGGGGGAGGUGGCUCUCAAAUACCCCGUGACAAUCGGCAAGAUUUUCCUGUAGCUGUGCCGUCAAUGCAUUACUUAAAAGAAACAGAUAGACUCUUAGAUGCUAUUGUGCGGCACAUUUUUGAAGACGACUUGAAACAGUACCGAGGAUCUCACCCCGAUGGCCAAUAUUUUGAUGGUAUAUGCAGUGAGUUACCAGAGUAUGGGAGUAUACAGUGCCUCCUGCGUUUAAUCUUAGAUAACCAACUUCGCCAUCAGCAGCAAACUUAUCCUGUCCCACGUUGGUCAACUGCAGGCAGACUAGGACCCUCAAGAGUACAGUUUGACUCAAAGAGCUGUGUUGGAAGUUUUUCAUACAAUCAUGACAGAUUAGGGCUCAAUUCUCAGGAUAAUUUUUCAACCAUACGUGCCAACACCUGUGUAUAUAAAGGCAAGUGGCAGUACGAGUUGAUGCUGGGGACGAAAGGUGUCAUGCAGGUGGGAUGGGCGACAAUGGGCUGCCAGUUCUCUCAAGAAAAAGGUGUAGGCGACACUCCUGAUUCUUAUGCCUAUGACGGAAACAGGCAGCGCAAGUGGAAUGUGGCUACUUACAAGUAUGGAGCGAUGUGGCAGUGUGGAGAUAUUAUCUCUUGUACCCUGGACUUGGAAGAAGGAGUUGUGAAGUUCUAUAGAAAUGGUAAAUCUCUUGGGCCAGCUUUCUCCAAUGUCAAAACUGGUCCUGGAGUGGCAUAUUUCCCAGCUGUUUCACUGGCACUAGGAGAAAACUUGAUUGUAAAUUUUGGGGCAACGCCUUUCCGUUACCACCAGCAAGGAUUCUCCCCUCUUGAAGAAUCCCCCUCCAGCGAUCUACUAACUGCUCAUCGCUGCGUGUCAUGGCUAAUAAGCCUAGUUAACCUACAAAGCAGCUUGUCUCAGGAACAUUUGAAUGGAGGACGUCAGAAAGCUUGUAUAUUCAUAGUUGUGCAGCAUAUUGCUGCACACUUGGGGCCAUUAUUGGCUACACCAUAUGUUGUAGAAGCUUGCCUUGUUCCUGCUUUAGCAAAGGUGGCAGAAGUAACACCAGAGACCCACACAGGCCCACACAGGCUGGGCACGUCUGGACUGAACUUGCCAAAAGCACACAUCUUUUUUGACUUUCUAAUGGCCUCCCUGGAGAGUCAUGAACUUCUCAAGUGCCUGGAGAAUAUGAUCAUCUGUUUGCUAACAGGCCACAAGCAGGCAGCCGAAAAUAUUCAUUUUUGUGGCCAGAAAUACAACCUACGUUUGUUAUAUGUUCUUCUUUCUCACACUAGCCUCAGGAAGUAUUGCCUUGGCCACAUACUUUUUGAUAAAGUAAGGUUUCCCAGUUUUCUUAAUACAAAAUCAAUCGAUGAAGACGGCCUUACUGAGGUGGUACCCUCAGUCUGGUGGAGCUCAAAGGAUGGGACAGUCAUCAAUGGUUGCAAACAAGAAUAUGAUGAAUCAUGCAACAUAAUCCACACUGCUGUCCAAGAGGUUGAAGAGAUCCAGUUAUCUAUCCUGCGAAACCUGUUAAGUGUAGACGAUGCUGCUAAUUACCAGGAUUCCAGCAGAGCAUUAUUUCUGGCCAAGUUUCGCACCUUCCUUAAGGAGCAUGCACCGGGGUCCAGGGUGCCUGUUGUUGGAUACACUCCACUUCCAGUUAUUCUUUGUCUCUUUCAUCGCCUUUUGGCAAUGUUCCAUGAGCUGUGGAAUAUUGAAGCACAGGGAACUGAAAUUAUAAUCCCACCUCGACUCUUCUAUGAUGGGUCUGUAAAUUACUUUGAUACACAUCGACUAGGUGGGCUUGAAUCUCAUCUAAUGAAGACCCUCAAAAAAGAAUUGAACAAAGCUCUCCCAGUGACUCGUGUGGACACGCCUAAGGUGAUAAGUGAAUUAGAUAAUGCAACAGCUGGUGUCAGUUCCGCAGAAGACAUGAACAUUAUGCACAGCAAUGAGCCCUCUACAUCAGGUGCAGUGCUGGGUAAGGCACUGGUGUCAGGAGAGUCUGCUAUAGACAGUGACAUGAAACUUGUAAAUGUCACACCGGGAGAUAUGGAUGACAAGCCUGAUCACAAUGGAGGUUCCAAGAUGAGGCGCGACUCCCUCCUUCACCUGCUUGAUGGGAUUAUACUACUCUACCACAUUGGGGCACACAAGCAACUUGGGAAGGUAGCAGCACAGAGGGAUUCCAUGAACGACAAUAUCACUCAUGUGUUAGAGAUUGACAAAAAGAUGAAGUACUGCAAGGAAAAGGGUUCGAGUACAAGUCAGUUGAAUGAACUAAGUGGAUCAAGGGAGGUGUUUAUGAAUAAACUCCAGGAGCAAGCCAGGCAGCAGGCAUGGGUAAUAGCAGCCAUACACUCUGCAGAGAAAUACUCCCACUUAGUAUCUCUUAUGCAGGUCAUUCUCUCAUCACUCAAAGCUGCUUCAAGUGAAGGGGAGUUAUUUGGUUUUGUGCCAGAUUUCUAUGUAGAGAGCUUAACUGAGAUGUGUACGGCUUUGCGUCUCUAUUUCACUGUUCCCCCAGAAAGUGCACUAAGCUCUCAGAGUCUUCUUUCAAGUGUGGGUGAAUUCCUUGCAUUGCACUUCUGUGAUUCACGAAUAGUGUAUGCCGACAGCAAAGAUUCUCUCAUUCAAGCUCUUGCAGGCUUCGUAUGUCACCAGACAACCUUGACUGCUCUGGAAAAUAUGCCAGAAGCUAGUCGGCAACAGAUGGUUCGAAACCUCCUACAGCCUUACGAAAAUCGUGCCUGGGCUCAGAAUAACUGGAUUUUGGUGCGGUUUUGGAAAGGCUGUGGGUUUGGUUUCCGAUAUACAAGAAGCCCUCAUAUGACUAACAAAUUUGGUCCAAAACCAGCCCAUACUGACAACCCUAACUUCACUCAAACAACAGCUCCUUGCCCAUCGCCAGUUUUCCAAAGACACGUUGUGAAGGUGCUGGAAAGUUCAUCAGAUGUGGCCACACCCUUCCUCAAUUCAUUGCUAAAUCAGCUCAACUGGGCCUUCUCAGAGUUCAUUGGAAUGUUACAGGAGAUCCAAAAUGCUUCAAACCGUCCUGAGCGUGUGUUUAUUGAUUCGAGACAACUCCGAAUUUGUGCCACAUGUUUUGAUUUGGCUUUGGCCCUCCUACGUGUUCUGGAGAUGAUUGUAAAUAUAGCACCACAGCUGUUUACAGAUUUUUCCAGAUCCAAUGCUGAACUACUUUUGUCAAGAUUAUGUCAGUUAUUAUGUCAAGUUCUUAACCGUGUAAGUGGAUGGUCUGGAUGCUUUGGCCAUGUUGUAGGCCUUGAGAUCCCAGGCUUGGAAACUAUACAUCAGUACCCCAUACUCACAUCCGUCACAGGGAUUCUGGUCACACUUAUCAGCCAUGAUAUUGUACAAGUAAAUCCCAAGGCCCAGGUGGCAACAAGAACACUGCUAAAUGAACCGAGUUUCCAGAUAAGUUCUGUAUAUCAGCUUCUCGGUGGUCAAGACGUUUUGAAGGCCUCGUCAUCCAUGGCAUACGCAGGAGCAUCAGCCACACCCUCAGCCUCGGCCUCAGACAGAGCUCAGUUGUUAACUGAACAUUGUUCCAGUUACCUAGACUGUUUACCAUUGCCAGCUCAUGUGAGGGGAGCAAAUUCUCACAUUAAUAAUAGUGCAGGCAUUAAGUUUUCAUUGAGAAAUUACCCUGAUGAUAUAUCUAAUUCUGAAAUAAGCCAAGUGGAGCAUGUCAUAUCACACCUUGAAAAAUGUGUGGAGAGCCGGGGAGAACCUACUUCAGGAGACGAUGAGGAUUCCUUAUGUACAAUUUGUUAUGCAUAUCCUGCAUCUGCAGUGUUUUCACCCUGUGCACACUCAUCCUGCAGGGCAUGUGUGACGCAACAUUUAAUGAACAGAUCCGACUGUUUCUUCUGUAAAACAACAAUAAAGGUAGUUACUGAGCAAAGUACUGGGACAAUUGUGUACCAGGCACAAAGUUUGGACAAAACCACAGACCACAAGCCAAAGUAGCAGUCCUCAGUGUGUCACCAGUGACACUUAACCAUAUCAGGACAUGGAGCUUUGGGAACACUUGACUCCAAAUUAUUAGCUGAUAUGAGAUAAUUGUUUAUUCUACCUGUGAAUAUUUCCCAACUCACAAUAUGUAAAUAGUGUUACUGUAGAAACAAAUGACAAAAGUAUACACUUUACAAAACAGUUCAUGGAGAGCUGCAACCAAACAUCAAGAUCGUAUAUUCCAGUACUUAGCAGUAGCCUUGAGGCUUGCAUAAUAGUACUUAUUAACAUUUGUAUAGCCUAAAAAUUUUAGGCCCUACUCGAGUAAUAGUGGUUGCAAGAUUGAAGAAUUGUCAUGAAUGUAAGUGCCUGCAAUUUUGACAAUUCCUUGUAAUGUGUUUUUAAUCUAUGAUCCUGCUAGAAAUUUUUUUAUGUGGGGUGUCUUUGUAAAUCAGAAGUAAGUCCUUGCUGUGUAUGAGGAAACAAAAUGAUUUAUCAGACUAAAAAUUGUUAUGUGACUGAUAUGAGUCAGUCAAGAUGGUAAGUAACUUUAGUUCCAUAAUAUUUGGCUCAUUACAAGAGUGGGAUGUGACCGGAGGAUGUCAAGUGUCCUGUGUGGAGUACAUUGGUUAUUCUUAGAUCAGUUUGUUUCUCCAAGGUGUGGACACAAGGCCAUUUCCAGUUCAUUUAUAUUAAAAUUGCUAUUUUGCAAAAGAAAAUAGUUAACUCUUUUCUGUAUGCUACCUAUGUGUAAUUGUAAAUGCCUGAAUGUGACACACAUUAGUGCCUGUUAAAUAUUUUGCUGGUGUUCACUUCUUAUUUAAUGAUAAUGAAAAUUUACAUUGUCAAAUUAUUGGAAUUCUGUAUUUUACUUGUGUAAUUUACUUUUUUAAAUAUACGACUCCAGGCACAUGUAUCAAAUUCUUGGCAUUUACUAAAGACAAUUGCAGUCAGCAUCAAUGUUUGAAUUCUUGUAUUUCAUAACAUUUAGGUUUGUUUUCAACUGUCUUGUUAUUUACUUAUCAUUGAAACACACAAGCUUUAAAAAGCAUCCUGGUAAUUUUCAUCUUAGAAUAAAAAGUCAGUUUAAUGUUGAAGAAAAUAACAACUAUUUUUUACUUUAAUUUGAUGCUCCAUCUGAAUGACCAAAUAGCAUCAUGGGGCUUAAAGUGAAGAAAAUUUGAAUUUUGAAUGAGUGCUUGUUGAAAUUCCAUGCCUGCUUUUUAUAAGCAUAGUGGCUUUUGUAAGAACUUUACACAAUUGCAGAAACAAACUUGUGAAUGCACUUUGAACACAAGCUGUCAUUUCACUGCCGACAUGUGAGACACUGAGUAUGCUAAUUUGUGUAAUGCUUCUCCAUGCACCAUGUACAUGUAACUGUUGUGAUACUAAUGCACUCUAAUGGUCUUUAGCUUCUGCUCCUGCCUUACACUAGCAAUGAACUCUUAAGCAAAACGUCCUCGAUUACUAAUAGAUAAGUCUAUCACAUAUUCCGUGAUUAAGCACUGCUGUAAUAUCUUCUUUAAGAUUUGCUGGAAGCUUCUGUUAAAUCAAACUGGCCAAUAUAAAUUGAACUGCAAGGAAAAAUUACGAUGGUGGUUUUUAAGUUGUCACCGUCCAUAAGAAAUAGUUUGUCAAGUUUCUCGGCAUCAUUAUGCUGUACAGGUAUUUCUUAUAAAACAUUUAGAAAUGUGCAAUCUUAAUAGUAAUCUCUUAAGUGAAGUUCUUAAUGCUGUGAAUUAUUUAUACUUUCCUGUUGUAUUUGUCACUUCAGAAAAGUUUUUAAAUUUUUAAAUUUUUUGACGUUUUAAUAGUCCAAGAAAUUAUGGCUGAUAAUUCUCAAAAUAUGAUUUGUUUUUAUACAUAUAGUGUGCAUGUUUUAAAAUCUGUGUGUGUGUGUGUGUGUAUGAGAGUGAGAGACAGACAGACAGACACACAGAGAGAGAGAGACCUAUGCUCGUGGUGUCCCGUCUUCCCAGUACUCUUGUCAUAUAACGCUUUGAUACUGACGGUUUUAGCCUCCACCUUCUUCUCACUUAACCCUUAGACAGCGGUUACCAUAAAUUUUCUUGUUUUUCUUGCACUCAGCAUACAAAUGAAUAAUUUUAUACGUAAUGAAAAUUAUUUCUCGGAAUUUUUUAAUUUUUUGUGCAUAAGCGGGUAUGACUGCCUGUGCACAAAAAUAUAGCCACUGUCUCCAUAGCUGCUGUCUGAGGGUUAACUUCUUCCAACUGUCUACCACUCUGUUUGCAAAGGAAAAUUUUAUAAAAAAAAAUUUUGGGCACCUUUGUUUCCUUGGCUUGAAUCUGUUACCUCUUGUUCUUGAAGUUGCAGGUUUCAGAAAUUCCUGAUAUUAUUUUGUAAGUGGUGAUCAUAUUACCUCUUUUUUUUAUGUCAUCUAGCUUUGGCCUUUUUAAUGCCUUUAGCCUCUCCUCAUAACUCUUGUAUUUCAGUUUUGAAAGCCAUUUUGUAGCAUGACUUUGCAUAAUAUCCACUAUUGAUGUGCUUCUUGAGAUAUGGGCACCAUACAACUGCUGCAUAAUACAAUUCUGGUCUCACAAAGGUCAAGAACAGGUUCUUUAGUAUUUCACCAUCCAUGUAAUUAAAAGAAUUUCUUCUUUCUAAUCAUUUCUAUUCCCAUUCAGAUGUUUCACUUCAUUGAGGUUUAGUUUUAGCUUUUUUCUGUCUUCCUUUGAGAGGUCUCAUCUUAAUGACCAAAGUUUCCCCAUCCUCAUCGCUCUGCAAUUACCUGACACUCUUAAGCAAUUCCGUUAUUUGUUUCACUCCAUUAAAUGUCACCCUUAAUAUCUAUAUCUCAUUAACUUUCUCAGGUUGUUCGAUAUGCAAUUCCUGUUCCUUUACCAUAGCUGUCACACUGGUAAUUUCCUCUUGCUGUUGAGAAAUGCUUUAGUAAGAAAUUUUCCUUCAUAGAUAUUUAUAACAUCCUCAGUUUUCACUAACCUGCCCAUAAGACCUCCAUUUCUUACCUCUUCCUCAAUAAUCCCCUUGAAAUUUGUCUCCCAUGCUGGCUUAUCAGUGCCCAUGGUGGCAGCCAUUUUGUUUUUUAUUCUGUGCUUCAGUGGGACAGGCCUCCCACAAACAUUUCCCAAUUUGUAUAUUUACUUCCAAUCAUCGCCAUUCCACCUGUUAUAACUUGAUCCUGGAAUGCUUAAAAAAUAGCAGGGACACCACUAGCUGACCCCUCACCCCCACUACCACCUAGAUAAAGAUAAAUUAUCCUUCAGCUCUGUGACUUGCCUCUGUAAGGCAACAAAAGUGUAGUUACACUUUGUAUGUGUGUGCAUGUGUAUAGGAAAAUGAAACAAAAAUUCUGAGCGUUUUUUAAGUUUCAACACAUUAUCAAGGCAUAUAGAUAAGAGAAGACAUGGGUUUGGGAUUACUGUAUAUGCCCCACUACACCAAAGUAGAUCGAGAUCUAUAAACAAAAUAUCGAAUACUGGAAGUACAGUACUGUACACUAACAUGAAGGCGGGAUGAUUAAAUGGGUAUUCCCUGUUUCUUAGAAUGUACUACACAUACAAGUAUUCUUUACAUUAUUUUGAUACCUUUCACAAAUCUUACCAAUUGCAGUAUAAAUAUAUUUGUUUUGUAUGAUCCUGGACUUGCAUUAAUAUUAUCUAAUUCACUACAUUUUAUAAAUGAAAAUUCAAUAAUAUUUCUUGUAAUAACUAAUUUACCUUCCACGAUCUUGAAUGAUUUAGCCCAGUCAGUUGAAUGAUUACAAGUGAUUUGUUCACUUGAGAGAUUGUAGUCAUUCAGUUGACUGGACUAAUUCAUGCAAAAUUGUGGAGUGUGAAUCAGUUACUGAAAUAAUUGUUGAAUCUUCAUUUAUAAAUAGUAGAGAAUUAGAUAAUGUUAAUGUAAGUCUUGGAUUAUAUAAAUUAUAUAUCACAAGCCUUAAAAAUUAUAAUGCUAGGUAUAAAAUUAAGUAAAGAAUACUUGCAUGUGUAGUGCAUUCCAAGAAAUGGGGAAUACCCAUUUAGUCAUCCCACCUUCAUGUCGCUUCCAUUAUUCAUUAUUUUGUUAUGGAUCUUUAUCUUCUCAGGUGUAGUGGAGUUUACAAUCCCAAACCCCUGUCUUCUGUUUAUAUUCUUUGAUAAUGUGUUGAAACACAAAAACGUUCGGAAUUUUCGUAUAAUCUUUCUAAUGGAUAGCUAUGCAUGCAUGUGUGUGUGUCUGUCUGUGUCUGUAUACACAUGUAUUCACCUAGUUGUGCUUGCGGGGGUUGAGUUUUGCCCUUUCGGCCCGCCUCUCAACUGUUACUAACUACUAUUUUUUUUUUUAACUCCC